AUGGCCACCAGAAGAACUCGGCGGGGUGCUAAGGGAUCUGAGGGUCUCCUGCAAGAUCAGGCAGCUGAUAAACUGAGAAAGAGGAAAGAACUGUUCAUUCAGCAGUUUGAAAAAGAAGCACAAGAGCGAGUGAACGAGAUGGAGGCCAAACUGGACAAAUUACUGGCGACUCUGGAUCGAGUGUUUAAGAUCGAAAUGUUGAAGCUGCCUCAGUCCCUCCACACCACUCUGAUAAAAGAUUUACUGAGUGUGCAGGAAGCUUCAGUUGGAGAGGUAACGAUGGCCAUCACUUCUGCAUCUCCAGAGAUGAACAAGCCUCUUAGCAGGAAACCCAGCAAAAGAGGUGAAUCGAGUAACAUUUCAGCCACAUCAAAAAGAUCCACAGGUCAGGUCAAGUCAGAUGAUGGUAACAAGAAACGUCCCAAGAAGAAAAUGCAGCACAGUAACAGCACAGGAAAUAUGAGAUGUGCGUCAACGAUAAGUGCCAAAAGAACCCAAGGUCGAGUGAUGAAACUGAGCGACCAGGCACUUCGGUUUAGUGGCAAAAUGAGAUUACCGAGCCGCUGUCUAAGCGACGAUCUGUCAGGACUGGCUACAGCCACCAUUACCACGUCUCUAGGAGAGACGCUGUUUCUGUCAGAGGAAAAUAAAGAUGAAGUUAAACUCGAACUUCUGGAUGAUUUGGCUUUAUGUCAGAUGCAAAAGAUUAGGAAUCUGAUGGAUUACCUGUGCAACAAAGUCAGGAUGAAUAAUACCCACUGAUGUGCUUUAACUUGAUCAUGAAUAUUUUAAUGUGGAAAAACUAUAUAAAUAAUA